AAAAGCUCUGAGGUUAGGGAGACAAGCACAGCCAAGGAAGACAUGAGGAGUCUGCUGGCACCACUGAUUGUGACUCUGUCCCUGGCAGCGCUCUGCUGUGGUGAGAAAGAUCCCAAAGACCAUUUAGGAUCUCCCAGCGCUGACAGCAUCAAGGUCAAAAAAGAAGUUGCCAAUACCUUUGUGAAGAGGCAGAAGAGAUCCAGCCUGUAUGAAUGGUACUAUGAGUAUUACAAAAGUCCAAUGGAGCAGAUGCAUGAGCGUUGUGAAAACUAUCCCCCCUGUGACUAUCUUGCUGACCAAAUAGGAUUUUCCAUGGCCUACAACCGUUUCUUUGGGAGAUACUAGGGAUGGGAUGAUCACUUUGUUCAUUUAGCUUUGGACCAUUCUGAACGCCCUGGGAGAAAGAAGGCUGUGAGUGAGAAGGAGAGAAGAAAACCAUCUAGACUGGGGUCUUCUGUUGUCUCCCUAACCAGUUGUAACACUAAGGCAACGAUUAUUACAUUUGUUAAGCUUGCAUUAGCUUUUUUCCUGUCACCAAAAAAGUUUCUCUUAUCUUUUGUGGCAUUUUUGAGCUUCACCAGAAGACUCUGUCUUACCCCAUUCCAUUUGAAUCCCUAGGACACAAUCAGUGAAAAAAAGUUAUUACUCUAAGGAAAAUCAAUAUGUGCCUUAGCAACACAACUAGACCUUUUGUCCUCUUCUGCAAGAUGAGGGAGGGUUAUAGAAGAAGGAUGUCACAAUGUGUGUAAAUGCAAUGGAUCUGAUCCUAGGAUCCUCACUGGGAAGAAAGCAGAACGGCUGUCUCCUGGUAGGAGACUAGGAAAGUUCACUAUUUUCAGGUAAUAUGAUCACCCUAAAGGUGUGCGCCAGUGUAGGAUCAUUUCAUAAAGACAGAAGUGUGGAAAUACUAUUAUACUCUCACAAAAUGUGCCUGUAUAGCAACAACAGAUAAAUCCCAAAAGGCAUGUUUAAGGAGUCCUUUUAGAUGAACCCUUCCAUUUGUAUGCUGCAUUCAGUGACUGUGUGUAAAAAGUAACUUGGAAAUCUCUUGUUUGUGUUACAACUGGUUUCUGGUGAAACUGAUUAUACCCAAGCACAAUAAAAAAAUAAUCUAUUCCUUGUGAUGCUUU